GAUUAUGACGUACGUAAUGCUGUUAUGCGUAGUGAACUGUGUUUCUGGUAUCGCAAAAUCAAAACAGAUGCAUCUGGCUGUUAGCCAAUAAAUUAUUGAGCGAGAGACACUUGAACACCGAUUCACAAAAGACACAAUGCCAUGGAUUGCUGUUAUUCCAGCAGAGAUGGAAGUUCUACGACUGAGAAAGAGCUUUCGAACAUCUGUAGUCCAGAGAUGUUCGAUAGCGAUGAUGAAGAUGAUAAAAAGAAUAAUGAACCACUAUCAAAUGAAAUACCAAUAGUAGCUAGUCCUAAAAAACCUUCCCAAGCUGAUUUAGUUGCAAACUCUGAUAACAAUUUAUUAGCCAAAAUUAAUAAACUCUUAAGUGGUGUACCGCCACCACCUAAACUUACAAUUUGCAGAACAGAUUGUUCAGAAUUAUUAUUACGUAUUUAUGAAAAUCAACAUUUAUUUUGGACACCAUGUGUACUACCAGAAAAAUGUAUAAAACAAAAUUUAAAUAAGGAAUCGCCAGAACAGCAAAAAGAAAAUAUUAGUACAAAUAAUUAUCAGCGUACCAAAAGCACAUCUAGAAAUUUAAGUACUGCUUUUGAUGCUUGUGAUCCACAAUAUCAAAGUAAUGUUAGUAAUAAUAUAGAUACAGUAGAUUUAAAGAAUACUUGCAGUGAUAAUUUUAGAAUAAAGAAAGUAGUUCCUAAUAAUGAAAAAAGCAUUAUAAGUGCUACCGCAAGUGGAACAGAAUUGUUAAAUCCUGAGCAGCUACAAGUAACCGUAACUGAGAACAAAAUGAAAGAUGAAUCUUUCAUUGCUGCACCAAACCAAUCAUUACUCUACUACACUGUCAAUGAGAAAGAAGCUGCCACUUUGUCAUGGCCUGAAGCAUAUCAUCAUAAAUUUCAUGGAAUACAUUAUAACAGAAAUAAAGCAGUUGAGGAAUUUGAAGGCCUUACAUUAAAAUUAUGUAAUAGAUAUAUAGGUGCUGAAACUCAGUCUACAUGUACUGUAUGGUUUUCUAAACCAGCACCAGGAAGUGCCAAAAAACGAAAUCAUUUAACUAAACAUAAUAAUGGGCAAAGUCCAACAAAAAGAUUAAGUCAUUUGACGAGAAGACGAAAAAUAUUUUCUAGUGCGAAUUUACAAGGCCUGGCACUUAAUAAUAAAAAACUUGUAGUAUUAAAUAUUAAAAAACCAACAGUUAAAAAGGGCAAAAGUCCGCGGGGUAAGAGUCCACGAGGUAAAAGUCCGAGAGGAACUCCCAGGAGUUCGACAAAGAAAAAAGUGGCUCGACGGCUCGUUUUAGAUGGACCUAGUCCAUUAAAGUCCAAAAUUGAAAUGUCUAAACGCGCGCUAUUUCAAAGUCCUCCCCCUGACCGAGCUGGUCCAAGCAAGUUGCUUACAAAUGGAUCAAAUUCUCAAAGCAUUAAACGUGCACUAUUUACUCAAAACACAAAGGAAAAUGAUUCGGAGAGAAGUCAGAAGGCAACUAUUGAACCAGAAUCAAGGAAGAGGAAAAGCGAAGAAGAAUUGGAAGGACCACAAUGCAAAUGGAUAAAAAGUUUAUCUUUCGACGGCUCGCACGAAUUGCAUAAUACUACUAUGCCUUCGUGGGAGAGACACUCAUCUAGUGAUAUAAUUGAAAAAGGCAAGUCCUUGAAUGAAGGAAAAUGCGAGCUUAGUGACACUCAUAGAAAGAAAUUACUAUGGGCGGUAGCGGAGGCUUUACGAGAUAAGGGAAUAGGUAUGACUCAUCCACAAUUUAAACAGUAUGCUACAAACUUAGCGCGAACCAUUAAAAAACUUAUGCCUGAUCUCGAGAACAAGAAUAUUCCUCGCAAACCAGGGAGUACAAGUGAUCGUAUGUUAAAAUUAGCAAAAUAUCACGUUUUGUUUGUAAUUGAUGCAAGAACAGCUGAUUGACAAUACUCAUUGAUCUAUAAAAAAAAUUGACCUAACUUUGGAUAAAGUACAUUAUUUAUCACAGAAAUAUCAAUGAUCAAACAUUGGUAUUUGUAUGUCGAGGUAGCAUAUGUAUGAACAAUGGAUUUUAUUUAUCUGAAUAUAGUGAGAUAUUAUAUUAAAAUGUAUUAUAACAAAUCGCAUAAAAUAUUAAUGCGUGAACGUGUGACUGUUAGAACUAUUUGUGGAAUAUUAAGAUGUUUUUUACUGCAUAAACACAAACUGAGAAGUUGUUUUUAAUAUGCCUAUUUUUUUUAUUAGCGAUAAAAUAGUAUGUAUAUAUAUAUAUAUUUCACAACUUAUAAAUAAUUAAUAAAAGGUGCUUCUCUGAAACAAAACAUAAUUUGCAAUUAAUAAUUUUAGAAACAACGCAUGUGUACAUAUAUAUCAAUCAUAUCUAGCAUAUGGUUGUAUCUAAAACGUUUAAGGGGGCGAGUAAAAAAAUAAAGACUAAUUGCAUUGCAUUCGCGAUGCUUAUUCAA